AUGGAGGGUUCUGAAAAGUGGCUAUCUCCCUCUAAAUCAGCUUCGUCUCCCAAAAUUGGAGUGAACGAUGAGAACGAUUCGACUCGAGCAAAAGGGUAUCCCAACUUUCACAACCAAAAGAAAGCAGCUUCCAAACACUUCAUGUCGACCACUGUAUCGGCAGCUUCGAAAGCUGCACCCCCGAGAAGGAAAAUACUUUCUGAAAGGGAUGAAAAUUCAGUCGAACCUGGUUUUGGAACUCACAAAACCUCUUACCCCAACAAGUGGCAAAGCCCCAGAAAUUCGAGGGACAAUUUUCCGGAUCAGUCCUCUUUGAAGGCGUACGAUCCUCUGAAGAAUUACCUCUCCCCAAGGCCCAAGUUCCUUCGGUUUAAUCCCAACAGGAGGCGCGAGAUUUUCAGUCGACUGGAAAAGGAGGAGGUGAGUGAUUCAUCUGAUUCUCGGGAAGUUAAUAGUGAAGAAGUUGAAGAAGACUAUUCUCCUUCAACUCUGAAAGGAAGUCUUGUGAAGCCACAAAGUGAAGAAAAUAAUCGAAUUUGUGAUAGUGAUGAUUAUUAUGGUGAUGAUGAGGAUGAAGAAGAAGGUGGUGAGGAAGAAAUCGAGGAGAGAGGAUGGUGUUUUCGAGGAUUAAUUGUUAAAUUUCUGCUGAUUUUGGUUGCUUGUGCUGUGUCGACUUUGUAUAUUUGUUCUAUGAACAUGGGAACACCUACACAAGCUCAGCAAGCGAUUUGGAGAGUCAAAGAUCGCCUUUCUACGAUAAGGAGACAAUCAUUUGAGGUGAUUGGUGUUAAAAUGUGGGGAUCUGGUGGUUACGUAAGAGUUGAGGCAGGAGACAAUUGUGGUGAAUUUGAGGAGGGUGAAUUUGUUGAGGUAGAUUUUAAUUGGGAUGAUCAAAGGAGUCUCGAUUUGGAAGUAAUUGAAGAUGGUGUCCAAAAUUUGGGUGUGGCUGAGCUCGAAGAAGAUGAAAAUGGAGUAUUUGAAGGGAGCCUUAAUGUGGAGGGUGGUGUUGAGAGUGAUUUUGAAAAUCCAGGGAAAGCUGAAGAUGAGCUUGUUGAAAAUGAGAAACAGGAUGACUCUGAAGAUAAAACCGAUGGAGUAGAAAUUGUGGAUGCAAGAAAUGGCGAAUCUGAAGUUAAGAUCGAGAAUUUGGAUGAAUUGGUAAAAGCAGAAAUUGAUGAGAGUUUGUUGAGGGAAGUAGAUUCUUCACAUCUGGCUCUAAAUGAGGAUAACACAGCGAAAACUAAAGCUGCUGAAAAUGAAAUCGAGCAUUCGACGGUUGGAUUAUUAGCUGACAAUAGUGAAAGUGCAGAGAAAAACGAUCUGGAGAUGGGAAGAAAGGCUCCAGAUCAAAUGCAUGAGCUUAAACUUUUAGAGAAAACUGAAGCUGCCGAAAAUGAAAUCGAGCAAUCGGCAGGUGAAAGAACCAGUGAGAGUGAAAAUGUAGCUGAACAUCAAAUGCAGGACCUCGAACUUGCAGAUAAAUCUGCAUUGACUGAUGUUCCAAUUAAUAAUUCUGGCCAUGUAGUAGUCGAAGAUGAAGAAGCAGGUCGAAAAAUGCCAGCUGUCAUUGGAUUCUCGAUGGUGUCCAUAAUCUUGGCAUGUCUGACUAUAGCCAUUUAUAAUUCAAAGAAAAAACCAAGAGACUAUGGAAAUAAAUCCAAGGAUGUGCUAGAAAAGCCAAAUAAAUCGGCCGGGGUUGAGGAAAAGAGGAAAGUCGAGUUUAUUGCCAGGCCUUCAGUGUUACAUCACCCAGAGGAAGAAGAAGCUUCUAGAAAGCUUGAUCACAAACAACAAACUUAUGUGCCCACUGUUGAGUUGAUUGGGGAAUUUGUUGUGGAUCAACCAAGCAGCCGUAGGAUUAAGAAACAAGAGACAGUAUCAUCUGGAGAGGGCAAUGUGGCUUACUUGCGCAAGCAUGAAACUCUGACUCAACCGGCUUUGUCCGAGUAUUCAAAUAUGAGUGCCACAUCGUAUGGAAGUUUUACAACCCAGACGCAGAUCACGAAGAAAGAGGGAGGAGGGCAAAGUGGAGAGCAUACAGCCGGAUUAACUCCCGUCAGGCGAUCGAGCCGGCUACGAAGUCGUGCAGCAGUUGUAACCUCUCCAUGA